AUGGAGCAGUUCCACUGGAACAGGAGGAUGGUGCUCCCCAAACGAACUAGUGAAUUGAUUGCACUGAUGGCCAUAUCAACCACAUUAUUCCUGUUUCUUCACACCCGAGAUCUGAAUACGAAACUGAAGGAAAUGGAGGUCAAAAUACAACCAUACAGUAUGGUAUCUGGGAAUCAGUUGAUUUCAGGUGACAGUGGCCCUGCAGAAGUAUCUGGCAUGAGAGCAACUAUGAAAUUAUUGGAAAGCACUGGAGAGAUGCAAUCUCUGCAGCCCACUCGGCUGAACAACACGAGGAAGGCGCAAACCGAGGUGGUGUUCUUCAAUCGCGUGCCCAAGGUCGGCUCGCAAACACUGAUGGAGCUGAUCCGUCGGCUGAGCUCGAAGAACGACUUCGGCUUUCACCAGGACAGGGUUCAGCGCGUGGAGACGAUCAGGCUGUCGCUGGAGGACCAGGCCGAACUCGCCGCGCUCGUAUCCAGCUAUGAGCCUCCCGGCGUUUAUAUUAAGCACGUGUGCUUCACCAACGUUUCCAACUUUGGAUUACCUGAACCAAUCUACAUCAACUUAGUCAGAGAUCCUGUCGAGAGGGUUAUCUCCUGGUAUUAUUAUGUUCGAGCGCCUUGGUAUUACGUGGAAAGGAAAAUUGCAUUUCCAGAUAUACCAUUACCUGACCCGAAAUGGCUGAAAAAGGAUUUCGAGACUUGCGUGUUGACAGACGACCGCGAAUGCCGGUACGUGCGAGGGGAGAUCCGCGAAGGGAUCGGCGACCAUCGCAGGCAGUCGAUGUUCUUCUGCGGCCACCACCACGACUGUCUGCCCUUCGACACGAGGGGUGCCCUCGAAAGGGCCAAGAUGGCUGUCGAGCGGCAUUACGCCGUAGUGGGGGUGCUGGAGGAGAUGAACACGACGCUGACGGUGCUCGAGAAGUACGUGCCGAGGUUCUUCGAGGGGGCCAGCGACAUCUAUUGGAAUGAGAUUAGUCGGUAUACGCCAAUCAACAAGAAUGCGUUCAAACCACCAGUCAGCGAAGAAGUGAAGAAUAUAGUAAGAAGAAACUUCACGAGAGAGAUAGAAUUUUACGAGUUUUGCAAACAAAGACUUCAUAAACAGUAUUUAGCUUUAAAAUUAUAG